AUGCCCAACGGCAAGGUGGAACCCGACUGGAAGACCGGGGCGGACGGCGAGGCUGAGAUCCAGUGCUGCGUCGGGUUCGGCGCUGGCAUCGCCAAGGACUUCCGCCGCCGUCGGCCCCUCUACGGCGACGACUGGAGCCGAGGUACCGGCGUUGGACUGAAAAUCUUCGCGCCCGCCACCUACAUCUUCUUCGCGUCCGUGCUACCCGCGCUCACGUUCGGCGAGCAGUUCCGCGAAGAGACUCAGGAGCUCUUCUCCAUCCCGCACAUCCUCUGCGCCACCGCGAUCGCGGGCGUCCUCCAGUCCAUCUUCGGCGGUCAGCCCCUCCUGAUCGUUGGCGUCGCCGAGCCUAUCGUGCUGGUGUAUUACUACAUGUUCAAGUACGCGGACGGGCAGAGCGACCUGGGCCCCGAGCUCUUCAGGCCCUUUUGCACCUGGGUCCUCAUCUUCACCGCGCUCAUGCACUUCGUCCUCGCCUUUGCCAACGCGUCCGAGUACAUCAACGCGUUCACCCGCUUCUCCGGCGAGACCUUCGGAACCCUCAUCGCGCUCCUCUUCCUCCAGGCCGCGGUGAAGGGGCUGAAGGACGAGUUCAAGGAGCCCCACGACGCGCCCGUCGCGUACAGGAUGGUCAACGGCAUCUGGUCGGUGUUCCUCGCCACGGCGCUGGUCCUCCUGGCCAUCUUCCUGAUGGGCGCCAGGAAGUGGCACGUGGGCAGGCCGUGGCUCAGGGCGCUCAUCGCGGAUUACGGCGCCUUCGUCGCCGUCAUCAUCAUCACCUGCGUCUCCUACGCGGUCGAGGCUCCCGACGGCCACCUGGGGGACGUGCCCGCGGGCCAGGUGGCCGUCGCGCUGAUUCCCGCGCUGAUCAUCACCGUGCUCUUCUUCUUCGACCACAACGUCAGCGCGCAGCUCGCUCAGGUUGACGACUUCAACCUGGAGAAGCCCCCCGCGUACCACUACGACUUUUUGCUCCAGGGUCUCAACACCCUUCUGCUCGGCCUCCUCGGUCUUCCACCGACGAACGGCGUGCUGCCCCAGGCGCCGAUGCACACGCGCUCUCUCAUGGGCGUCGGGCAGGACCGGAGCAAGCCCGGCGCCGCGGACAUCGUGCUGGAGCAGCGGAUGUCGAACCUGAUCCAGUCGAUGCUCGUGGGAAUCUGCCUCUUCAUCUCGCCCGUCAUCAAGCUCAUGCCCCGCGCGGUUCUCUGGGGAUACUUCGUGUUCAUGGCCAUCGAAUCCUUCCCGGGUAACCAGUUCAUCCACCGCCUCACCCUCUUCGUCAUGGACAUCCAGUCCCUGCGCCGGGGCGAGUCGCAGCCCGCGUACGUCGACCUCGUGCCCAUGCGCGACACCCAGAAGUUCACCGUGAUCCAGCUCACCGCCCUGGGCGCCGUGUACGGGGUGACGUGGGCGGGGGUGUACGGCAUCGCGUUCCCGCUCCUCAUCAUGGCCCUCGUCCCGCUGAGGCAGCACCUCAUCGUCAAGUGGUUCCCCGCGGCGAGCUUGAGGCACCUCGACACCGCGGAGGACGUCGAGGAGAUCAUCGAGGAGGACGGUCCGAACGUGGACCACAAGUUGGACAAGUUCUCCGGCGGCGGCGUCCUCGACGGCGCGGGCGCGUUCGUGCAGAAGAAGCACGAGGCGCCCGUGGAGGAGCUCAUGAACAGGAAGUAG